CACCCCCUUCUCAUCCAUCUCCCUUGCUCUGCUCUCCCACGUCUGCAAAUCUCAAUCUCUCUCUCUCUCUCUCUCUCCGGGUCUUGCUAAUGGAAGCUCCUCUGUUAAUCAAUAUUCUUGCUACGUGCUUGUAGUAUACUACCUCUUAACUUGGUUUUGGCGAAGAUGCUACUGCACCUACGGUCUCGGCUGUUGAACCCCAGUUUCUCCUCUGUGCUAAACUCCUCAUCUCGUCCAACCCCUCCCUUUUCGCUCUCAUUUCGCGCCUCCAUUUCUCAGAAGCCAAACUCCCACUAUACCUCCGCUUCCAAGUCCUCGAGACCGGCGCCGCUAUCGGAAGCUGCCCAGUUCGUGCGGACAGUGCUCUUUGUGCCGCCGGGAGUCGACCCGGAUGAAGUCACGGAUGACAUGGUCCUGCCCGGCUCGAAUAUCGUGAUAGGGCCCUACGCUGGGGACGCGAAAAUCAAAGAGGUGGAUUUCGUGAAGAGCAGUAACCGGCCUAAGGAUUGUCCCAAGGAUGACCGGCCCGAGUUUGCAAUGUUGGGCCGGUCCAAUGUUGGCAAGUCUUCUCUGAUUAACUUCUUGGUGCGCAAGAAGGAUGUUGCUCUCACUUCUAAGAAACCAGGGAAGACUCAGUUGAUCAAUCAUUUCUUGGUUAAUAAAAGUUGGUAUAUUGUGGAUUUGCCGGGUUAUGGUUUUGCUAAUGCCCCUGAAUCUGCAAGAAUGGAUUGGUCCUCAUUCACUAAAGGCUACUUUUUGAACCGAGAAACUCUGGUUUCUGUCCUACUUUUGAUUGAUGCGAGUGUUCCACCUCAGAAAAUCGACCUUGAUUGUGCGAAUUGGCUUGGACGUAAUAAUAUACCCAUGACUUUUGUUUUCACAAAGUGUGAUAAAAUGAAAGGAGGCAAAGGAAGAAGGCCCGAUCAGAACAUUCAAGACUUUCAAGAGCUGAUCAGAGAAAACUAUCGGCAACAUCCUCCGUGGAUCAUGACUAGCAGUGUCACGGGGUUGGGCCGAGAUGAGCUUCUUCUGCAUAUGUCUCAGCUUAGGAACUAUUGGGAUAACGAGUAGUCUAAAUGCAAUUCUCUUGAAUAACAACCAGCUAUAAAAAGUAGGUGCCAUUGCCUGGGAUUUCAUCGAAGCGAUCUUCCGGUACUUACAUCAGGUUGGUGCCUCUGAAUUCCCCCAUUUUGUCGACUCAAUGUAAGUUAUUAGCCCUCAGUUGAAUUAUGCCAUAGUGCCCCUUAAGCUGGAGCAUUAGUUGUCUAAUACUUAAAGAGAGAGGGUUUAUGAGUCAUGCACUUUUGAGAAUUUGCACUCGACAUGUAUUCAGAUGAUAGAAACGUGCCUGCAAGUGUUAGGGAAACAUGGUUCUGUUAAAGAAAAAAGGUUAAUCUGUUUCAGCCAAGGAUAUUGAUGAAACUGAUAUUCGUCAUGUGAACCUCUGUAUUGAUUAUUUUCUUUUAUCUUCUUGGAAACCAUGAUGCUUGUACAUAA